CGGUCAGCGCACGCAUCAGGAAACAUUUGUCUGUGAAGUGUGCUAGAGGAGUGUUUAGAAGAGGUGAAGUGUUAGAAGAGGUGAACCGGUGAGUUUGUGAGUCAUGUCACACAAAAAGAGAAAAACUGAUGGAGACUGCGGCUAUGUUGGUUUAUCAGUAAGGAUACAAGACAGCGUGUACUACCAGAAGGACAUUAGUAGAAGCCGUAAAAAGAAGCCAAAAGAUGAGGACUUGAUACUGAGCCUGACGUGCCGUGAGCACCGUGUUCUGAAGCAGAGACUGCUGGAACCAUACCUAUCAGGCACAUCGACAAGGGAAUUGGAGUACAACUGGAUCACCACGGGUGGGCUGCUCUCAGACAGGUCUCAAGAUAAUGUUUUAGGAGACCAGGAACAAGUGUGUGCAAUGGCUUUAUGUUUUGUGCUGAAAAGGAUGCUAGAUUUUUUUAGGGAUGAUUCAUUUUUUGCUCGUGAGCUUAUUGAGAGGCUGGCUCCAACAAUAACCAGUGAGAUGAAAACAACAUUACCAAUGUCUCUGGAGAGAUUGAUGGAAAAAUUAUAUCAUGGGUACAUGUUUGAAGAAAUUGGGCGACAGACUGCGUGGUUAUUCCCGGAGCUAAACCCCCUUCAGUCUGUCACUGCCGUGUUGGUUACUGCUGUAUCACUCUGCAGCUACAUGAUAGAAUCUGUGGUGACUCCAAACGUCCUUUUAGAAUAUGAGAAAGCAGAUGAUCGGCGUACCCAGGACAGUAGAGGAUUCAAAGACUUUGGCAACAACGCAUUUUUAAAGAAAGAUUAUUCAAAGGCACUACAUCGCUAUACAGAUGCCAUCGAGAUAAAUCCAUUCAAUCACAUCGUUUACGGAAAUCGGGCACAGGUGUACAUUGAAAUGGAGAAGUACUCGAGUGCGAGAUCAGACUGCUUCCGUGCAAUGCUUCUGGACGAAACCUGGCCAAAGGCAUAUUACAAGGAUGCUGGUGCACUAGAGAAGAUGGGGCGGCUGGAGUAUGCGUGUGCCACACUACAUGCUGCCAUUAAAAACUGCUCUCCCGUUUACCCCAUGGCUGAUCUUAAGGAAAUAAAUCAGAAACUGGCUAAAGUCCAGCAAGCUUUAUUAGACAAAGAGGGUCAUGGAGUGCAAAGGAAGCUGCAUCAAGAGCAGAAGGUGCCACUCAAGGAGCAAGAACAGCAGCAGCAGCAGCAGCAGCAGCAGCAGCAGAAACAACAGCAGCAGCAGAAACAACAAGGACAGCAGCAGCAGCAAAAACAACAAGGACAGCAGCAGCAUUGCAAUAGUAUGAAAUCAAAUUUCGUUAUAUGCCGCGCCUGGAUAUAGCUGUUAUACGUGAACUGCCCGGUUAAUUGAAGAAACAUCAGGAGGCCAUUUCGAGAAACAUUGCGAAGAGUUACGUCUAGCAGAAGUCAAAAACCUGGUGACGUUUACACGCUACUUCACUUUAAGUUAUGACGUGAAGGAGAUGCCA